AUGCUUAUGAAUAAUUAUACCAUGUUUAAUGAUAUUGAAGGAAUAUAUAUGCUUACAUAUCCACCUGAAAAACGAGAUGAUUGUCCAAUAUGUUCAAAUGUUCCUGUACGCAUUCAAAUAAAUGAAACAGGAAAAUUUCAAGAACUUAUUGAUUUACUUACUGAAAAAUAUCAAUUAACUGCUCCAUUAAUAUUGGCAGAAAUUAAUGGCAAUUUGAAGACUUUAUAUAUGACAAGUACAGAACAAAUGCGCGACGCAACGAAACCUCAUCUUAGGAUGACAUUACAAGAACUUGGAUUAACUAAUGGCACGGAAAUGUUAGUCGGUGAUCCAACACGAGCUUCAUCAUUGCGUGUGAUACUUUCAUUAACUAGUUCAAUGGAAACUGCAACAACGAAAUAA